CUAAUGUCAUAUAAUCUCAAACCUUUAACAAGUCAACAUGUGGAAGUUAAGCAUUGCUUUUCUUCUGGUUACCUCAAUGUUAGGAACCGAGGCUAGUAAGUGUAUUAAUAUGUUACCAUCGAUUUUAUCGCCUGCAUGUGGAAUUGCUACGGAGUGUGUCUUCGGUGCAUUGAAUGGGUAUAUCGUAAAAUAUGAGGAUUGCAGGCGUAAGGAACAAGGAAAACCACCAUUCUUGAACAUACAAAGUGGAAAAUGUCCGACAGAUAAGCCCCGUUGUAACGGCAGUACAAUCAUUACAAAUUUAUAAUACAAAUUUUAAAAUAAACGGUAUUUUUUCUACUACUUGUAAAA